AUGAGUGGUUUGACUGAUUUAACAUUAGAAGAUGAGCCAACUCAUGUUUAUGAAGAAUAUGCAGGAUAUCUAACAACCAAUUCGGAAACUUUUUCAUCUAUUUUGCCAUUACCACCGAAUAAUUCAUCAACCAUCAGCCAAAAAAAAAAAAUUGUUAAGAAAGAAGGCGUCUCGAGAGGUUCGAUAGAUGUUACAGAAAGUUUUAACUCUGGAGUAGAAGUUGUUCAAAAUUUUUCAUCGAUUGGCACUAGUUUAGAUACAGCCAAACAAGCACUUGAUGUAGUCAGUGCAGUCAGUGAAGCUGUUAAACCAUUUAUUCCACUAAUAAGCAUUGUAGCUAUUUUGGCAGAAGAGAUAGUUCAAGUUUAUGAGAAUGCACAGUAUAAUAAAAAAAUUUGCAAUGUUUUUAUUGAUCGUGUAGAAGCUGCUCAAUUAUCAGUUAAAGCUUUACAACGAAGAAAAGAAGAUAAUGUAAAGGCAUUUCAAGAUGAGAUAUAUUAUAAAAAUUUUGUGCGUUUUACUGAGGUUUUGAGAAAAGUAAAGGAUUUUCUUGAAAGUAUAUCUCAACUUCAUGGGUAUAAAAAAUAUCUUCAUGCAAAUAAUGUUAAAGAAAAAUUUAAAUCACUUACCAAGGAAUUUGAUGGUGUUAUGAAAGAUUUACAUUUCACACUAACCGUGUCUGCUCAGAGUCAAAGUGAAAUUGAUCAAAAAAGUUUAAAGGAAGAUCUCGAAGAGAUGACUGAGUUCUUGGAUAAGAUUCAUGGUGGCAUUGUUGAUAACAAUCAUCAAAUUAAUACAGUACUUGAAGAAGUUUUGAUUAUAAAAGGUGAGAAAGACAACAUGGCUGAUGGAGAUAUCUCUCAUGAAGGGCU